AUGACUAUGACUGACUUUGAUAGUAAGGCGAACGUCGUCAAGUAUAUCGUGGAGUCGUUAAAAAGGAACUCGCGCGGAGAUCUUCAUUACAGGCCCUUUCUGAUCAUUUGCAGUGUAUUACUUAGUGGAUGGUAUACAUACCGCUAUCUUUCAAUUAGCAAAGCUGUUCCACAUGGUUCGUCUGAGGAUCUAAAAUGUUUGACAUUUUCGAUCAUCAUACUCAAUACUUGGAAUUUGAUAUUGGCUGUUGGAGUAGAUUCAAUAAUCUUUAACAUGGGAAACUUUAAGACUAUAUUGACGAUAGAAGACGUGACUCUUGAGCAGGAGCUUGACAAUUUUCUCGUAAACACUCGCAUAGAUAGUUCCCUUAAUAAGCUUUUGAUGAAUAAGGAUCUUCGUCUAUUUGCUGUCAUUGGUAUCUCGACCCUAUUGUUCCACAUAUUCUCAAAUGGAAUUGUUAAAUGUAUUGAGUACAUUUCAUUUAUUGCAAGCUACCAUGAAGACGAGGAGUCCCAGCAUACAUCGCACAAGUACUCAGAUGUUCUGAAAGUUAAAAAGGCGGUAUCCUUUAAUGAGAAAACGACAACUUUUAAUUACCUGGAUCUGUCACUUGCUGUGUCGGCAUCCACUAUUAAUAAUGCAAACGCAUUUUUUCAGAAAUUCCGCAUAAAAAGGAUUACUACAACUGUCAUCUCAUUUCUUCUCGUUACUUUAUUGGGUGUCCUUGUGUUUCCGAAGCAUUUUUUGUUGAAUUCCACAGCAAUUCUCUACAUUGAUGAAAGUUCAAAGUAUGUGGUACGAUUCGAUCACCUUUACUUUGCCUUUUUAUCUGUCUUCCUUGCAAACGCUGUGCACAAGUUCGUAUCAAUUAUCGAGCACCCAAAUGUUUGCAAUUUUCCUAGGACGACAAGUAUACUCACAAGGUUCAUUUGGUGCUACAGUUGCAUAAUCCUAGUUUUCGCAUUAACCUUUAUGGUGUUUUCCAAUGAUUUGCUCAUAAACCUCACAUCAAUGAUUGCUUGCAGAGCAACUAAACAAAGCAAUGACUUUGUUUAUAGUCCCAUACAGUUUUUCACAUCGGCGGUGAUAAAUUUCUUGUCGCAUUCUAUUGAAAUACCAUUCUGUAAUGACUCCACAUAUAAUGAAUGCACCGAGCGUCAAUUAAUUGAUGCCCUCACUACUAACUUCAUUUGGCUAAAAAACGUCUUACAGAACUGCUGGUUAGUAUUGAUUUUUUCAAGCUUUGUUCUUUUUCCAUUAUUGAUAUGGGUGAUUACAAUUGAAUUCAAGUUGAAGCAGAGUCGCAACAAAAAUCAAUGA